AUGGAGCUGCUUGGUCAGCAUCAUCAACGCCUGAGCUUUUUGAUUGAGACUACCUUUCGAAUAACGCCACUCUACCAAAACCUACAUAAACUAGUGGCUCGUCUAAAACGACUGCACCCCCGCUUCGUCUCCCUGAAUGGAGUAAAUAAUGGCGUUCCUGUGGCGUCACCUGCUGCAAGUCGCGCCAAGGCUCAACUCUCCAUUGCGAUACAAACUCUACUCGACCAAAAAGUAUUAAACAGCGAGAUGACAGCUGGUACUCAUGUCGAGAAGGCAAUCUCAGCACUUCUCCAGUUGGCUCGAGAAGUUGAGCGAGAGUUCCGUGUGCUUGGUACCAAAAGUUACGUCAAUUUUGCGGACAGUGUCGUCUAUCGCAACUUUUUUGCUAACAGAUCUGGCCCCGGGAACAUAGAGACUUUGCUUCGUGCUGCUCGAAUCCCAUUCUAUCAGCAGCCUAAAGCAGCGAAUCCUCAUAGUUUAGAGCUGCUGAGAGCACAGCACGAUGAAGAUCCCGUCACUUUGUUCGCUCGAGCUGAGUGUCAAGUAUUCGUUAUCACGGCUCUACCCGACAACUCCAUCAAGCUCACAGAUAUCUCACCUCAUACAAGUAACGCAACGGCACAGCAAGUUUCUUUUCAAACGAUCCAGCCAUUCUUGAAUCCAUCGAACGCCCACCCUGAAGCUUCAAGGUCAUUGGCAUUCAACUUCAUCGCUGGAAGUGGCUCUAGUGCUGUCCACGGUGCAGUCAUGUGGCUGCCAGCAGAGCAAAGCAGUGCGCUGGGCACUCAAGACUUACCAAGUGGCCUUUGCGUCAUCUCCAAGUUCCCACUCGUAGAUUCCAUGCGCCAUUUCCUAAGUGCAUUGUGGAGAGACAUACGCAGCAACACUGAACUUCCGAGUCUUGAUUUUAAACUUGACGAUCUCUUCGAUAGUUUAUCAUUGACGAAUGUACUUCGACUCUUUGCUUUCGUUCUAUUGGAGAAAAAGAUCAUCCUGGUGGCAUCGAGCUACACGGUAUUAUUCUGUGCAAGUGAAGCGUUAAGAGCGCUGCUCCAUCCGCUCGUGUGGAGUCACGUGUAUGUCCCCGUGUUGCCAUUACCGCUCAAAGACUGUCUGCAUUGCCCCACACCGUUCAUCUUUGGACUCCACGAGUCUUAUGUGCGUCGUAGCGACAUGCCAAGACCUUCAAACGAUCUGGUUGUAGUCAACUUGGACCGUGACUCACUUACAGGCGGAGGAGAUGUGUUCUUGCCUCCAGUGCGUCAAUCGACGAUGCGUGAAGAGCUCUUCCGUUUAUGUAAACCACACUUCGCUUCUCGAGACAGUGUAGACCGCUUCGAUUCUGGAAAGCGUACCUUGCCUACUGCUGCGAUCCGACGAGUAUUCGACAAACACGUUCGAGAGAUUCUUGCAUCACUGGAACCCUGCGUCAAUCGCCUUGAGUUUAGUGGUCAAAAUGUGGCGGUGGUCGACAACGACAACUCGAGUUUGUGGCCUGCAGACACUGUUCGAUUCUGCCCCGCUUUGCUACAUACACAAGCCAUGUCCACGCACCUCGCAUCUCCUCGAUCCGAUGAAAUAGAAAAGAGCUGA